AUGGCGGCCGACUACGGCUUCAGGUCGGGUUCUGGGAGGCUGUACCAGGAUGGAUACGGCUCCGUGCCCUCGUCGGCCACCGCGCUGGCGCUGGGCAACUUCAAGAAGGAGUUCAUGGAGCUGCGCAAGUCCGUGCGUUUCAAUGAGUACAAGGAGCUGUCGAGCACGAUGGACCCCAACCCCCUCAGCAAGGCCGCCCUGGUGGUGGGCUCUGCCCUCCAGAGCACGCUCACCAAGGCCGACAGCUGGCUGGAGGGGCGGGGCGUGCUGGGCAAGGUGGAGCAGGACACCGCCCGCGCCUCACUGACCCCGAAGGAGCGCAAGGUGCUGGAGAAGCUGCAGGCGCUGCGCCUGGAUGAUCGCCGGGUCAUCGCCCGGGAGCACAAGCGGGAGAAGGAGGGGCGAGGCGUGAAGGCGCCCUGGCUCAUCAAGGGCUCCUACGUUUUCCUGUGCUGGGUGCUGGACAUCCUGUACGCCAACCGCCCCAUCCAGCGCUUCUGGGUGCUGGAAACGGUGGCGCGCAUGCCAUACUUUGCCUACAUCUCCAUGCUCCACCUCUACGAGUCCCUGGGGUGGUGGAGGGCGGGGGCGGAGCUGCGCAGGAUCCACUUUGCAGAGGAGUGGAACGAGCUGCACCACCUGCAAAUCAUGGAAACCCUGGGUGGCGACCACCUGUGGAUCGAUCGUUUCUUCGCCGAGCACGCCGCUGUUUUCUAUUACUGGGUCAUUAUCCUCAUGUUCUUUGCAUCUCCCUCGGCUGCAUACGUGUUCUCGGAGCUCGUGGAGAAUCAUGCGGUGGACACUUACUCCGAGUUCCUAGAGGAGAACAAGGAGGUCCUGCAGGGCAUUCCUCCACCCCUCGUGGCAGUCACGUACUACAAGUCGGGUGACCUGUACCUCUUUGACGCCCUGCACACGGAGUGGGAGUCGGGAUCCAUUCGACGCCCAGAGUGCAACAACCUGUAUGAUGUGUUUGUCAACAUUCGGGAUGAUGAGUUGGAGCACGUCGCGACGAUGAAGGCCUGUGCCGAGAACACCAUCAAGCCCAAGAUGGAUGUGAGCGGGGAGGCGGAGGGGGGGGGAUGGGGAACAACACCAAAGUGGUGCUGUCGAUGGGGGGAAGAUCGGGCAGGUCUCACAGUCCAGGGCCCCAGGGGGUUGCUGUCAAUCGUCGCUGCAUACCCACAGAGCAGCCGCUCAGGGUGCUUGUGA